AUUCUUAUUUUUAGAAACAAACUUUAGUUGAUAAACUUUAAUUCCACUCAAUCACAGACUGAAAAAUUCCACCCUCUUAAAAAGCCUCAUUGGUAGGAUAGACUAAUUCUUAACUCAUCUUAAGGGUUUUGUUGCUUACAUUUUCUCUUUAUUUCUGGUAAAUUUUACUUCCUCUUGCUCAUCAAUCUCCCAUUUCCAAAUUCCCCUUCUCUUUAUUUUUGCUGCUGAUUACUGAUUCCUCUUGAUCUACACAAUUAUUUAUCAUCUGAAUUCGUCAAUCUUGUUUCUGCAUAAUUCAUUUCAUGGGGUUCGCAGAUAUAUUAAUUGAUAGAAUGGGUGGAAGUUCGAUUGAGGAUGAUUGGGACUUUCCUGUGCUAUCAAAUGGUGCUCGAACAAUUGUUUUGGUUGGACGUACUGGUAAUGGAAAAAGUGCAACUGGGAAUAGUAUUAUUGGAAGAAAGGUUUUUAAAUCUAAAGCCAGUUCUUCUGGGGUUACAAGCACAUCUGAACUUCAAACUACCAUGCUUAAUGAUGGACAAGUUAUCAAUGUAAUUGACACCCCCGGACUCUUUGACUUUAAUGUUAGUUCUGAUGUUAUUGGCAAAGAGAUUGUGAAAUGUAUUGAUUUGGCUAAAGAUGGUAUACAUGCCAUACUUCUUGUGUACUCUGUGAGAACUCGCUUCUCCAAGGAAGAGGAAGCAGCACUGAAAAGCUUGCAAACAUUCUUUGGACCCAAAAUUACUGACUACAUGAUAGUAGUUUUUACGGGAGGUGAUGAGCUUGAAGCUGAUGAUGAAACUCUCGAAGAAUAUCUGGGUCGUGAGUGUCCAGAGCCUCUAAAGAAUAUUCUUCAAGUUUCCAAGAAUCGUUGUGUUCUGUUUGAUAAUAGAACACAAAGUAAUGCCAAAAAGGGGGAACAAUUACAGAGCCUUCUUGACCUUGUUGACAUGGUGAUAGAAGAGAAUGGAGGAAAACCUUACACCGAUGAUUUAUUUAAGGAACUGAAGAAACGAGCUAUAAAACUCCAACAACAAGAAAAGGAUGUUGAUGCUUUAGAAGGUUACGAUAAGAGAGAGAUAUCGUUACUGAAGCAACAAAUGCAUUUAGCAUCCGAGGAACAACUUAAGCGCAUUACUGAGAUGGUUGAAAUGAAGCUGAAAGAGACUACUCAACGAUUGGAACAACAAUUGGCCAAGGAGCAGGCUGCGAGGUUGAAGGCCGAGGAAAAGGCCUUAGCCGCACAGGCAAAAUCAAAUGAUGAAAUUCGUAAGCUUCGAGAGAAUUUAGAGAAAGCAAAAAAGGAGACUGAAGAACUCCGGAAGCAAGCUGCUAGCGGCAAAUGUGCCAUUCUUUGAAUACGACUUAUGUUUGAAAGAUUUUUAGCUAUAUCAAAUGAGGCAAUAUAACAUUAUAUGAAUUAUCUUUUACGAAUGUUUGCGCUUUGUUUAUGUAUAUUAAUAUAAUUGACUUAAAGUCUUUUUAGUAUUGCAAUUUUUUAUCAGUUGAGUGAA